UCAGGCCUUCGCACAAGUUGCCUUUGCGAUUGGAGAGCUCUACUGUUGUAUGGUCAUGUGGCUAGACGAUCCAUCCAUGAAACAUUUGAACUGGCGGAUGCUAUUGCUUGCCAAUACGGCACCAGCAAUCCUCUUUUGGCUUUUGAGUUCGCUGUACCUGAAGGAAUCUCCAGUUUUUGCAGCAGCUAGUGGCAAUCUGCAAGAAGCACAUGACACCCUGCAUGAAAUGAGAAGAUUGAAUGGCAAGGAAGACGUCAACAUUGACUUUGAAAGAACCUCAGAAUCCUCACCGCAGGGGCGAUUGUCGCAACUCCCAGCAGGUCGAUCUGUGGCGCUGUGUAUCGUGUGCUUUUGCUACAACCUGACGAUCUAUGGCACUUUCACUGCAUUUCCUCAGCUUGUGCCAAGGCUGAUGCACUCGGAGACUGAGAGCGCUGUCCUUGAGCUUGCAAAGGGCGCUUGCCUAGAAAUCCCUGGAGAUCUCUUUGGUUUGCUUUUUGCUUUAUCUUUGCCACGAAAGUGGGUUCUGUACCUCUACUUCAUUGGCACGGCAACUUCUAGCGUGUUGUUCGCCAGCGGCACAGAACAGGGCCUUAUUCUUGGCUUCUAUGGCAACAAGCUCUUCCCGCAGAUGGGUUCUGUGUCUCUCUUCGUUUUGGCCGCCGAAUCCUUUGAUACACAGAUCCGCGCCACGGGCACUGCCUUGGCCUUGGGGGUUGGACGACUGGGUGCGUGCCUGGCACCCAUGGUUUAUGAAUUCACGACCAACUCCUUCGGAACAUACCAGGCUUUCUUCCACAUGUCCAGCAUCCUGUUGAUUUUAUGUUUGAUCUUUACUGCGGCAUUUAUUCCAGAAACUGCUGGCAAAACGUGGUUGAGACCGACUGAGUCUACACCUCUCAGGGAAGACAUCAAGGCAUCACACGGCACGAUUACUGAUGGCAGUACGACGAAUGAUGGCAACAUAUGGCAACCAGCUUGCUGACUUGAUGUAUACUUGAUGUGAAGCGAGUGAAGCGAGUGAAGAGAGAAGUGUUUAUCAAUAUUUGCACCCAGUGCACUCAUCCUGCACUCAUCAUUGAAACUUUACGCACCUGCAGAUAGUGACGAGUUCGAAGGGUUAAACACCCUGACCCUGGAAGGUCUCACUAGACUUGCGCGGGCACAAAAGAUUUCGGGGAAAUUUAGGAUUAUCAUGGAUUAUCA